CAGUGGACAGUUCACUUCAGUUCACUACAGCUCAGUAGCAACUCAGUAGCAGCGCCAGGAUACAGGCGCAACCAGCACCGCCAUGGCGUUAAAAACCAUAGCUAUUCUAGUCGCAGUAUUAUGCUUACACAAAGCAACCUCAGACCCUAUACCUGAAGUACCUGUGAUAGACGCUGUUCCAGCUGAAGAUCAAAAGAGCGAACCCUCGUCAGAUGUCGCGGUGGUGGCGGUGCCACUUGAGGCAGAGAGGAGGCAGGACGAUGAUGAUCUGAAAGCGAGCGAAGCUGUGACCCACCACCAUUACCACUCGGGGCAUGUUGACCACGUGCACAAGCAUGAGGGCCAUGCAGCUCAUGAUCACAAACAUCACGGGCAUGCCGAGCACGGGCAUAAACAUCACGGUCACCACGAGCACGGACAUAAGCACCACGGUCACGCUGAACACGGACACAAGCACCACGGAGAGUUCGGGCAUGGACACAAACAUCAAGGUCAUGCUGAACACGGGCACCACCAUGGCGGAGAGUUCGGUCAUGGGCACAAACAUCACGGGCACGCCGAACACGGGCACAAGCAUCACGGAGAAUUCGGUCACGGGCAUAAGCACCACGGACACGCGGCUCAUGACCACAAGCAUCACGGACAUGCCGAGCACGCGCAUCAUCACGGAGGAGAGUUUGGACACGGGCACAAGCAUCACGGUGAGUUCGGACACGGGCACAAGCAUCACGGUGAGUUUGGUCACGGACACAAACAUCACGGACACGCCGACCACGCUCAUCAUCACGGAGGACACUUCGGACAUGGACACAAGCACUCUGGGCACGCAUCUCACGGGCAUAAACAUCACGGAGAGUUCGGUCACGGACACAAGCAUCACGGACAUGCUGACCACGCUCACCACCACGGAGGUGAAUUCGGACACGGACACAAACACCACGGAGAGUUCGGUCACGGGCAUCAUCACGAUGGACACUUCGGUCAUGGCCACAAGCACUCUGGACACGCGUCCCAUGGACACAAGCAUCACGGAGAGUUCGGCCACGGCCACAAGCACCACGGACACGCUGACCAUGCUCACCACCACGGAGGAGAAUUCGGACACGGACACAAACAUUCCGGACACGCCGAACACGGGCACCACCACGGUGGUAGCUUUGGUCAUGGACACAAACAUCACGGUUCUGCCGACCACGCUCAUCAUCACGGGGGUAGCUUUGGACACGGCCACAAACAUUCCGGGCACGCUGAGCACGGGCACCACCACGACGGGCACUUCGGUCACGGACACAAACACCACGGAUCUGCCAGUCACGGGCACUCUCAUCAUGGACACGCUUCCCACGACCACCACCACGCUGGCCAUGGUGCUCACGGGCAUCACCACUCCACCCCUGACGACGAGCACGGUGGAAGCCACGACUUUGACGAUGUUACUUUCUACGCUAACGCUCGUAUCAUCGACGACGCUGCAGGCCAGGUGUUCGCUAUCCCCGCCGAGGCUCAGACCCCUGUAGUAGCGGUCCCCGCCGAGCCCCUGGUAGAGCUCCAACAACAGCCGAUAGUCCAGCUGGUCCAAGAACACCCCUAGAAGUCAAUUCAUAGCUGCCCACCAAGUCACUGCUGUAGUAACUUAUUUAUUUGUUCGCGACUUGUCGCCGCUACCUUGUUUACCAGUUUGUUACCUAUUUAUUGUUGAAAUUGACUGAUGCAUGUUUUGUACUUUUAUACGUGUAAUUUGAGUUACUGUGUGUAUCAUUGUUGUAAUAUUUGUUAAUAAAUUAUUAUAAACUUUA